CGUCGUUGUCGUCGUCGUCGCCGUCGUCGUCGUCGCCGUCGUCGUGGUCGCCGCCGCCGCCGCCGUCGCCGCCGUCGUCAUCGUUGUCAUCGUAUCGAUAUUCUGGUCGAUAACCUCGAGAUGAGGCCUUUUUUGGUACUCGCGAUCAUUUGCCUGCUAGCGAAGAUCGUCGAUGCCCGGGCCGUUGAAAAUGAUACCGAUAAGAAUCAGCGCGGUAAACGACGACAAAAGUUCUCCAUUGAAGAAUUACUCACCGUAAAAUUUUCGCACGUUAUUACCGGAGAUUUGGACAUCGAUAUUUGUAAAGCUGGCGGUUUUCUCGGUGACAUUGCACUGCCAAAUAUCAAAUAUGAGACAGAAUGGCGCGAGCAAAAGUUAAAUAAAAGCUAUCUGGAAGAAAUAAAGAAGUACAGGGAAGAAAUAUUAAACGAAGGUCUUCAAGUAGAAGAAGAAGGGCUUACGGAAAUUCUCCAGUUUAAAAGUGAACGAGGUGUUAACGAACAAAUGCUCGCUGAACAUGACGAUGCGGUUGUUCAAAAAAAGUCGAAAUCGAUUAUUAUAGAUCGCAAUCAAUAUAGCAUGGGUGGCGAAUCUGAUGGUGGUUUCAGCUUUAAUGAUAGAAGUGAUGAUACUAACCCUGCAGUGAAAAACGAGGGUUUUGCGUUUAGACUGGAAUCCUCGACCCAAGCUUCGAAAAAAAGGUAUUUCGAAAGACAAGCUCGUCGACAGAUUUCAAGGACGGUAUCGAUAUCAGAAUCAGUGAAAAUUAAACACCCGAAUCAUGACAUGCCUCUCGAAUUUUUAACUUCUACAGCUUUUACUACCGAGGCCAAUAAAUAUAUAGGUCACGUAUAUACAGACAGCAUCAAGGAAACAUUUAAUGCGCAACCUGAAAUGAAUACCCAAAAUCCAUCGAAUCGACGACAGCGACGUCAUCAUCGUAAAAGAAUUUUAGGAAGAUGUUCUCAUCGUCAUUGCAAUCGACAAACGCACGACUUUAUUACCGAUGCGUCUGACGAAAUCAUUUCUGUACACGAUCGACGUCUCCGUUCUAUCGAAUUCUAUGAUAUAAACCAUAAGCCGAAAUACUUCGCAAACAAGCGUGGCACAAAAAACUUUUUAAGCAGAAUACGUCGAGCGGCUACUGCGAGAAAGGAACGAGUAUGGGAUCAUGGCGUAAUUCCCUACGAGAUCGAUGGAAAUUUUUCUGGCGCACAUAAAGCAUUAUUCAAACAGGCAAUGAGACACUGGGAAAAUUUCACUUGCGUUAAAUUUGUGGAGAGGGUAUCCAGAGAGCAUCCUAAUUAUAUUCUAUUUACGGAAAGACCUUGCGGAUGUUGUUCUUUUGUCGGAAAAAGAGGUAAUGGACCGCAAGCUAUUAGCAUUGGAAAAAACUGCGAUAAGUUUGGUAUAGUUGUACACGAGUUAGGUCACGUCGUUGGAUUUUGGCACGAGCAUACUCGACCGGAUCGUGACCGUCAUGUACAAAUCAUCCGAGAUAAUAUUAUGAGUGGUCAAGAGUAUAAUUUUAACAAAUUGACAGAAGAAGAAGUGAAUUCACUUGGCUUGCCCUAUGAUUAUGACUCCAUAAUGCAUUAUGCAAAGAACACCUUUUCGAAAGGCACUUAUUUGGACACAAUUCUACCUAUGGAAACUCAUGGAAAAAAGAGACCUGAGAUCGGACAAAGAAUCAGACUGAGCGAGGGCGACAUCGCACAAACAAAUUUGUUAUAUAAAUGUUACAAAUGCGGUAGAACAUUUCAGGAGAACAGUGGUGUUUUCGGAUCCCCGAACAAUUCUCCAUCUACCGAUGGGGAUCGAUGCGAAUGGAGGAUUACGGCGACACAUGGUGAACGUAUCGUUUUAAACAUCACGUUUCUUGAUAUACUCAAAAGCAAUUUUUGCCGCAGUGAUUAUCUUGAAAUUCGAGAUGGAUAUUGGUAUAAGAGUCGAGUAUUAGGUCGAUAUUGCGGCAGCGGUAAAAUGCACGAGCCAAUAGUGUCGAGCGGAAGUCGUAUGCUGGUAACGUACGUGACGUCCAGUAAGCUAAGUGGCCAUCGCGGCUUCACGGCUAGUUAUGAAGCUGUUUGCGGCGGUGAUGUCGAAUUAGACGGCAUAGGUCAUUUGGAAUCACCAAAUUAUCCAGAAGAAUAUCAAUCCAGUAAAGAAUGCGUGUGGAAACUAUCUGUACCCAACAACUAUCAAGUGGCCUUGAAGUUCCAGUCUUUUGAAAUCGAGAACCACGACAAUUGCGUGUACGACUACGUCGAAGUGCGUGACGGACAUAACAACGAUUCCCCCUUAAUCGGCGUUUAUUGUGGGUACAAGAUACCACCAGAUAUCAAGUCGACGGGGAAUAAGCUGCUCGUUAAGUUCGUCAGCGACGGUUCCGUGCAAAAGGCUGGCUUCUCGGCAACUUUUAUGAAAGAAUUCGACGAAUGCGUAUUAACCGAUCACGGUUGCGAGCACGAUUGUACCAAUACGCUCGGUGGAUACGAAUGUUCUUGUAAAAUCGGUUACGAGCUACAUUCCGACGGCAAGCAUUGCGAAGAUGCAUGCGGUGGAUUUUUCGAUGAUAGUAACGGCACCAUCACGAGUCCAUCGUUUCCCGAAGCAUACCCAGGAAACAAAAAUUGCGUCUGGGAAAUUAUCGCGCCACCUCAAUAUCGCAUUACUCUAAAUUUUACGCAUUUCGAUCUCGAGGGCAAUAAUUUAUAUCAGGAGGAAUGCGAGUAUGAUUCCGUAGAGGUGGCUAGUAAGCUUGGCGACGACGUUCUCAGAAAGCAUGGACUAUUUUGCGGUGUUCGAUUACCGCCAUUAAUAACAUCCGAAGGCAAUUUCAUGAGAAUCACCUUCACAUCCGAUAACAGCGUCCAAAAAUCAGGCUUUGCUGCUAUAUUUUUUACGGAUAUGGAUGAAUGUGCCAAUAACAAUGGAGGGUGUCAGCACGAGUGUAAAAAUACGAUAGGUUCUUAUCAGUGCUCUUGCCACAAUGGUUUUACACUUCACGAAAAUGGUCUCGAUUGCAAAGAAGGUGGUUGCAAAUACGAGAUUACUGCACCCGUGGGAACAAUUACCUCACCGAAUUAUCCGGAUUACUAUCCCAGUCGUAAAGAUUGCGUUUGGCAUUUUACCACAAAACCAGGCCAUCGGAUAAAAUUGGUCUUUAAAGUUUUUGAAAUGGAGUCGCAUCAAGAAUGCGCGUACGAUCAUAUCGCUAUUUACGAUGGAGAUUCGGCAGAUAGUCUUACCUUAGGUAGAUUUUGCGGUACCAAAGGUCCGCAUCCAAUUCUCGCAACUGGCAAUCAAAUGUACAUGGUCUUUAAGAGCGACGCUUCCGUGCAAAGAAAAGGAUUUCUAGCGAUCCAUAGCACAGCUUGCGGUGGUCAUCUUAUGGCAACGGAUAGAGCAAAGCAUUUAUAUUCUCACGCAAAAUACGGUUAUCAUAAUUACGAUCACAGAACCGAUUGCGACUGGAUAAUAGAAGCACCACUUGGUAAAAGUAUUCGUUUAAUUUUUCAAUCAUUUCAACUCGAAUAUGAAACCGAAUGCGGAUACGAUUUCGUCGAAGUAUUCUCCGGUUUAGACGCAUCCAGCCCGCCAUAUGGGCGAUUUUGCGGUAAUUCCAAUACCACGGAUUUUACGUCUAUAAACGAGGCGCUGCUGGUAAGGUUCAGAACGGACGAUACAAUUUCGAGCAAAGGUUUCAAAGCCGUGUUCGUAGCAAUCGAUCGACAGGACAGUGAAGAAAAAUUCGGUGAAGACGACGAAGAUCAGAAUCUUUGAUCUUUAGGUCGAUUAUCUAAUCGAUUAAAAUGAGCGUAUCAUCCGAGUUUAUUUUUGCGAAAAAUACUAGUUGUACUACAAUAUUACGCGUAUAUUCUUCUAUAUACGUCAGAUAAAAUUUUCAUCAAUAUAAUAAAAAACAAUAUUUUUUUUUCUUCUUCUUUUUUUUUUUU